GGAGAGCAGGCUCUGACGGGAACGAGAAUGCUCAGGAUGUCCAGCUGCCUGCUAAAACUGACCAGGGUGGUGCUGAGCCACAAGCUCAGGACUCUGUUUAUCCUCACCUUUAAGUUCAUGUCCUUUGCCUCCAUCAUAUUGUAUUGGAGAAUCACGGAGGACCGUAAAGGCAGGGGCCAUGUCUACAGCUUGCCUGUUGAAAUCCAUUGUGCUCACUCUGUGCCUUCUCCUCCCCACGCCAUUGCUGGUGGGCCUCCUUCUUCCCCAGGGGAUGUGUUUUUUGUGGAGACCUCGGAGCGAACUAACCCCAGUUACCUGUUCACCUGCUCUGUGGAGUCAGCAGCCAGGAUGCACCCUGGGACAAAGGUCGUGGUACUCAUGAAAGGUUUGGCAAACGGGAAUGCCUCAUUACCCAACCACUGGGGCUUCUCAUUGCUGAGCUGCUUCCCUAAUGUGGAAAUCCGUCCCCUGGACUUGCUGGAGCUUUUCUCUGGAACACCACUGGCAAAGUGGUACUUGCAGGCUCAACAGCGCUGGGAGCCUUAUUUCUUACCCGUCCUGUCUGAUGCCUGCAGAAUUGCCAUCAUGUGGAAGUUUGGUGGCAUCUACCUGGACACAGACUUCAUUGUGCUUAAGAACUUGAAGAACCUCACCAAUGUGCUCGGUACCCAGUCCAAGUAUGUACUGAAUGGGGCCUUUCUGUCCUUUAAGCCCAAACACAAGUUCAUGGAGCUUUGCAUGAAGGACUUUGUGGAGAACUACAACAGCUGGAUCUGGGGGCACCAGGGCCCACAGCUCCUAACGCGUGUCUUCAAGAAGUGGUGCUCCAUCAGGAGUCUUCGGAGCAGUACGAGCUGCAAAGGAGUGAGUGCUCUGCCCCGUGAGGCUUUUUAUCCCAUUCGGUGGCAGGACUGGAAGAAAUACUUCGAAGUGGUCAGCUCCUCGGAGCUGCACCACCUCUUCAAUAACACCUAUGCAGUGCAUAUAUGGAACAAGAAGAGCCAAGGGACAAGGCUGGAGAUCACAUCCCAGGCUUUGCUGGCUCAGCUGCAUUCUCACUUCUGCCCUGCCACGUAUGAUAUCAUGAAGAAGGACUCUGAACGACAGUGA